ACAAUUCAAUUCAUAAUUGAAAUCUCCUACGAUGAAGUAUUCAAGGACGGAGUUAAACAUUCUAUUAUCUAAACGACGUAUCUCUAUUUAAAGCGAAUUAUCAUGAUCAACAAAGGGAAUUGUACAUUUGAGGGUCAUAUCUUGUAUUAUAUCGCUUCACAUUUCUAGCUCCUCAGGAAGGAAUCAUAGGAAUGAGUUUUGUAACUCGAAGAGGUUUAAGGGAUAUAAAUGAUACAUAGUUAGAUAUACAUGGUUGAUUAGUGGUUCUAAUAAAUGGUUUUUGCUAUGGAAUAUUACUUUUUUGAAAUCUUCUGACUCGAUGACAUCCUCUAGACAUACCUCGAUGGCAGAUAGACUAUUUAUCUUAGACUACGGCGGUGGAAACACACGCUCUUUAACAAACUCUAUCAAGAGAUUAGGAUACGAAUUUGAAUGGGUGAAAGAACCAAAAGAUCUCGCUAAUGCCCAGAAACUAUUGUUCCCUGGUGUCGGAAAUUUUGGUCAGGCUGUAAAAAGUCUCAAUAAGUCUGGUCUUUAUGAGCCACUUCGCCAAUACAUCUUAUCAGGAAAACCAUAUUUUGGUAUUUGUAUUGGUAUGCAAGUUCUUUUCGAAUUAUCAGCAGAAUCUCCGGAAGAUAAAGGAUUGUCCAUCAUACCAGGUUCAGUCGAGAGAUUCACGACAACUCCAGAGGAUCCAAAGAGAGUCCCACACAUGGGUUGGUCCGCAGCUAAAAGAUUGCCAAACUCCUCGCAAGAUCCAAUGAAUGGCCUUAGGGAUGACUGUCACUACUACUUUGUACACUCUUAUGCUGUACCAUACAAAGCCGAACAAAUUGCAGGUUGGGCUAGCACUGUCACUCAAUAUGGUAGACAAUCAUUUGUUAGCUCAGUCCAACGUGGUUCCAUUUUGGGUACUCAAUUCCACCCGGAAAAAUCAGGCGAAGCCGGUCUCGACGUCUUGAACAGCUUUUUGAAAACAAAGGCUGAGAUUAGACCACUUAGCAAUCUCACAAGCUAUCCAGAACCCGUUCAGGUACCAUUGAAGGAGAAGGAUGACCUCGUCAAGCGCAUUGUCGCAUGUUUGGAUGUUCGUUCAAACGAUAAUGGCGAUCUCGUUGUUACAAAAGGUGAUCAAUAUGACGUUAGGGAGAAUGACGGUAAUCCAGAGUCAGUGGAUGCCACGGCUAGCCAACGUGAAGUUAGAAACUUAGGUAAACCAGUCGAAUUAGCUAGACGUUACUUCAGCGAAGGAGCAGAUGAAGUUGUCUUUUUGAACAUCACUUCAUUCAGGAACUCGCCAUUAGAAGAUCAACCAAUGCUUGAAUUAGUUAAAGCCGCUGCAGAAACUAUAUUUGUGCCACUCACCAUUGGUGGUGGUAUCAGAGAUAUGGUUGAUCCAGAUGGUACUCAUCAUUCAGCAUCUGAAGUUGCUCACGAAUAUUUCAGAUCAGGUGCGGAUAAGGUAUCAAUUGGAUCUGAUGCAGUCUAUGCAGUUGAAGAAUUGCUCAACAGAAUUAAAACUAACACACAACCAAUCCUUACUGGAAAAUCAGCUAUUGAAACGAUCUCUGCAGGCUAUGGCGCUCAAGCUGUUGUUGUAUCAAUUGAUCCAAAGAGAGUAUACUUCAAUCCAGAAACAGAAAAACCAGCAGAAGAGCAUUUACCAUCAGUUAUUUACGGAAAGGAUGCAAAGUCCAACACAACGGAUGAAGAAAGAAAACUUGCAUGGUGGUAUCAAUGUACUGUUCAAGGUGGUAGAGGAUAUAGAGAUGUUGACGUAAUUCAAUUAGCUAAAGGUGUAGAAUCACUCGGUGCAGGUGAAAUCCUUCUCAAUUCAAUAGACCGUGAUGGUUCAAAGAGAGGUUUCGAUAUCGAUUUAAUCAAUUUGGUUAGAGAAUCUGUUAGUAUUCCAGUCGUCGCAUCAUCUGGUGCAGGUGUAGCUGAGCACUUUGCUGAAGUCUUUGAUGCGACAAAUGUCGAAGCUGCUUUAGGUGCUGGUGCCUUCCAUAGGAAAGAGUUGCCAAUCGAGGAUGUUAAGAAUGAUAUGCGUAAAAAAGCUAUUAACGUUAGAACUGAACUUCCAAAAGAACUCGUACAAAACUUGAGUCAAGGUAAAGUUAUAUCAAAAUAGAUUUUUCUGUUAUUAAAGGGGAUACAUCUAAAUCUUUUAUAGAUUUUUUGAGAAUCAGAUCUGCGAUGCGAGUGGUAUUAAAAUUCUCUGUUUGUAAUCAAUGUAUCGUAUAAUCUAAAAACAAACAUAACAAUUAAAAAGUAGUACAAAUUUGGAUUUAAAGUAUAUUACAGUUGAAGAUCACAAUUUAUCAAAGGGAUGUCUAGAAAUACAUCACAUUGACUGUUUCAAAGUUUCUAAACGGCUUGAAAUCCUAUCCAAUGCUACAUUUAAUUGAUCUAUCUCGAUCUGAGCGUCUGAUUGUGAAUGAGUGUGAUGUUUGAAAGCAUCAUUAACAACGCUUCUAAUUGUAUCAACGAUAAGUGGUUCAUUGUGUUUACCCAAUGUAGAGGUUGAUUUAUAUGGUGUUAAAAUAAAGUAUGUGUAAGCGUUUGAUAUGACUAGAACGAAAAUUAGAACGUAGAGUGAGUUUGUAAAAGACGGUGAGAUUGUUAAUGCGCCUAAUGCUGAAAAUAUUGUCGUUACUAAUCUAAUAAUUCUGUUAAAUAAUUCGAAUGAACCAUCUAACAAGUGUUGUAAGAACGUUGAAAGCAGUGAUGUAUUGUUCUGUAUUGAUUGUUUCAUUUCUUCUUCCUUCAUUUUCGCUGCUUCAGCUAAUUGACUUGAGCCUUCACGUUCCCUUUCUACUGUCUCUUGUGAUAUUAAAUUAGUAUCUGAGAAUUCAUUCGCAUGUUCUUCAAUAUAUUUUCGCAUUGCUGACUCUAACGCGCGAUGAUAAGAUUUUUGACCUUCUAUAGCUGAUCUCUCAAUAACACCUUUCAAGAAACUUCUACCUGUCCAGUCAACCUUAGUCGUAACAGUAACAUGAGAGCUGUUAUUAACAGCCCAUGAUAUAGCAGUUCUUGUCCUAACAAUGAAUGAAUUACCAGAUGGUACUUCUGGUGUACGUGUAGAAGUGAGUACCAAAACAUGAUCAUCAAAGUCAACAUGCUCAUUCUCAUCAUCCAAAACACAUUUAGUUGAUUUAGGUCCAACGCCAACUGAUAAUGGCUUAAUAUAGGUGAUGGUUCUAGCAAGUCUUGAGCUAUCAGCUUUAGGUUGCCAAUCCGAUAUUUGAAUUUCAGUGAGAUCUUGACUUGUCAUGAAAUCUUUAAUAAAAAAACUUGUAAACAUUAAAUUAUAAAGCUUUUCAGGCGUUGCAGGUAAAGUUGUGUCCAUUGCAACAUCAGGGAAGUGUACAGAUGGAUCGAUCUUUGUUGCUCUAUGUAUAGUAGGUGGAUUCCUUUGAGUGGGUUGUCUGGGUAAAGGCUUACGUGAACUUUGUUUACGUGAACUUUUAGAGUGCUUAUCGCUUCUCGAUUUCCGUUUUUUACUUGAUUUACUGAAUGAUGAUGUAAUUGAACUUGCUGUGGAAGUAUCAGAAUCACCUUGUGAGCUGCUUUGGUUAGCAAGGUGUGCGCUCUCGUGGUAAUCCUCCGAAACAGGUACUGUUGGAUGUGAUAAUCUCCAGAUGUUUAAAAUGACAUCGUAAACUGUAUCUCUUGAUAAAAAAGAAGCAAAGACAUACUUUGCUCGCAAUGUAGAUAUCUGGAUAGCGUUUGGAAUAACGAAAGCAGUCAUCUUCUUCUCUAUAGAGACCAUUUCAGAGAAUGGAACAGCAAAGCUAGUUACCCAACCGAAAAUGUUGGCGUUGAAACAAAUGUGAUUCUCAGAUAUGUAUAUACGACCUUGAAUUAAUAUUUCACGUUGGAGAGCACAGCCGUAGUCUUCGAUGAGGUAAUCCUGGUCUGGAAUGUUAGGGAAUAAUUCAUGGAAGUCUGAGUUCCUUCGAGAACUGGCUACUGCGAAACCGGUGAUACCGUCUCCGAAGUAGUCACCAAGUUCUAAAGAGCCUGUAUCAAUAUCAGGUGAGAAUUUGUCAUCUAAACCGAGUCCAAUCUGAUUGUCAAACGUGUUUAUUGAAUUGUGUGAACCGUCAAUUGAGUUUCUAGUUGAGUGACUGAAUGGUAACUUAUCUGGUGUUGAAGUACCACUUGUAGAGUUAGAUUUAUUCGUUAAUACCUUUGAAUCUGAGUUCAUACGCUUGCGUACGUUAAAUGACUUUAGUGAACCGUUCGACUGCGAUUUUUGUAGGUUAAACUCAUCUAGUGAUAAGCUACCAUCACCGAUAGACAAAGGUAAGUUCUUUCUCUCUAAAGUUGGUGUUUGUGUAUCAUCCUCAUGGCUCCUGUCGGAUAUCACCAAGCGUGGUAGUUCCUCAUAUUGUGAAGUUGGUUGAUUCUUGACCAUUAAGUUGUGUCUAUUGUUGCUAGUAUCCUCUUUAUGUUCUUUUUUCUUGUAUUUACUAAGUAUUGAACUCAUU